AGUAAGGUAUAUAAUUUCUUUUCUUUUUGGAAAGAUGACUACUGUUGACUGAAGUUAUGACAUAUUGUAAGAAAUGAGUGCUAAUAUUGAAAGCCAAGAAAUAUCACAUUAUUAUGCAUCCAUGUUGUAUUCUCUGUGACACAAACAACUCUCCUCUUUUCCAGUGUGAAUGAGCAAUAGCAAUUCUGUCAUAUUCUGUUUUUAUCAAACAUUUCAGCUGCAAGCUGCCAUAUACACAAUCACAGACAAAUAUGGUUGAUUUGCUGAAGCAUAUAGGUAAUUAACUUUGGAGUAGCCUUUCUUUGUUAGGAAGUAAUUACUUUUAGAGUUUAUUUACUAUUGGACUUGUUUGGGCAUAUGCUGUUUACCUUACACACAUUAAUCUAAAUGCGUCUUAAAGUUGUCAGUUGAGUCCUUGGUGCUCUUUGAGCUUAGUUGUUUGUUUGCAAAUAUUUCAUUAUCCAAUUAUGUAACAUCAGUGUAGAUGAAGGUGGGUUUUGCUCCUGUUUAUAUUUCUAUGGUUGAAAUCUGAGUUCACAAUUCAACACUGAGCUACGUAUAUUUGCUAUUAAAUUCAUCUAAACCAUCUUUAUCAAAUUCUGCAGUAAUAAAUUAUCUAAAAGUACUAACACAAUUAUGCAUUCUACAAAGAAAUACUUUUUAUUUAUAUCUCCUGAAUUUUCUAGCUAUUGUUGUCAUUGAGUGAACCAGAAUAUCUUGAUUAUAUUGUUUCUGAAUUAAGAUUUUAACCCUUAUCCAUUUGUUAACUUUGUCAUUUCCUUUUAGAAAAUAGAUAACAAAAAUAAUUUAUAACUUUGGCUGUUCUAAAGACAUAAAUAAUUUUUGAAAAGAUUCAAAUGUUCAUGUUUUCAGGAAAUAAAGGUGCCCUUUCUUGUGAACUUGUAACCAGUUCUUUUAAUCUGUAGUUUUCUAAAGGAAUAAGGUAGUAGAUAAAUUUGUAACCCUGAACAAUGCUUCCAGAAAGCAUGUAUUCUUGAUUUUUUUUGCAGUAUUUUAAAUGUAUUUUAAUUUGGAAAUAUUUUAUUUCAGUCCGAUUCCUAAGAUUACCUCUUGUCAGUUAUAACAAGCAAGUAUGUGGAAGCCCAAGGACCUUUUCUACAUAUAAAAGUAGACCUCAUUUAGUAACUGCCUUGUUUAGCAACUAUUCACAGUUAUGACGUUGAUGAAAAGGUAUCAAAUAGGCGGAGUGAUAUUCCCAUUUUUGAAAGAUUGGUUAGAGAAAAAUCUUGGUGGAAAUAUGGAACAUAAAACCACCCCUAAAACAUCCAUAAAUAUCAGUGAUGUACCUCCCUCCGUCGCAAGUGAGGAAUUUCUUCAAGACCUCCAAAAUGCUAAAAUUUCAUAUACACAGGAAGCAGAAUCUAGACUUUUUAGAGCCCAUGGUCAUUGCUUAUAUGAAAUUUUUUUGCUCAGGGAAGGAAUGUUUAAGCGGGUUCCUGAUGUAGUGGUAUGGCCAGAAUGCCAUGAUGAUGUAGUUAAAAUUGUGGAAAUAGCCUGCAAGCAUAAUAUUUGUAUUAUACCUUAUGGUGGAGGCACAAGCGUUAGCAGUGGACUUCAGUGUCCUCCUGAUGAAAAAAGAACUAUUGUUUCACUAGACACUUCACAAAUGAACAGGAUUCACUGGAUAGAUGAGAAAAAUUUAACUGCUCACAUUGAUGCUGGCAUUGUUGGCCAAGACUUGGAAAGACAGCUUGGUGAAAGUGGUUAUUGUACAGGCCAUGAACCAGAUUCGAUGGAAUUUAGUACUCUUGGAGGAUGGGUAGCCACCCGAGCAUCAGGCAUGAAGAAAAAUGUUUAUGGAAAUAUUGAAGAUCUGGUGGUUCAUAUAAAAAUGGUAACACCCAAAGGCGUAAUUCAGAAAAAUUGUCAAGGACCACGCAUGUCAACAGGACCUGACAUUCAUCAUUUCAUUUUAGGAUCUGAAGGAAUCCUUGGAGUGAUAACAGAAGUUACAAUAAAAAUUCGACCAGUCCCUGAAUACCAAAAGUACGGCUCUGUAGUAUUUCCAAACUUUGAGAAAGGGGUGGCCUGUUUAAGAGAAAUAGCAAAGCAGCGAUGUGCUCCUGCAUCCAUUCGCCUGAUGGACAAUGUACAGUUUCAGUUUGGUCAAGCUCUUAAACCACAGGUUGCUUCUAUUUUUACAUCACUAUUGGAUGGACUGAAAAAAUUUUACAUCACAAAGUUCAAAGGAUUUGAUCCCAAUGUAUUAUGUGUUGCUACAUUGGUCUUUGAGGGUGCCAGAGAGAAAGUCCUCCAGCAUGAAAAGCAAGUUUAUGAUAUUGCUGCAAAAUUUGGUGGUCUUGCAGCUGGAGAAGACAAUGGACAGAGAGGCUAUAUGCUGACAUUUGUCAUUGCUUAUAUUAGGGACCUUGGCAUGGAUUAUUAUGUAGUUGGAGAAUCAUUUGAAACAUCUGUUCCUUGGGAUAGGGUUCUUGAUCUGUGCAAAAAUGUAAAAGAAAGAAUGACCAGAGAAUGCAAGGAAAAAGGUGUUCAGUUUCCACCAUUUGCUACCUGUCGGGUGACACAGAUGUAUGAUUCUGGUGCAUGUGUCUACUUCUAUUUGGGCUUUAACUACAGAGGAAUUAGUGACCCUACUCGGGUUAUUGAAGAAAUAGAGGCAGCAGCUAGAGAUGAAAUCCUUGCUAAUGGAGGAAGUUUGUCACAUCAUCAUGGAGUGGGCAAGUUACGAAAACACUGGCUGAAAGAAUGUGUAUCUGACGUUGGUUUGGGGAUGCUGAAAUCCAUGAAACAGUUUGUGGAUCCCGAUAACAUAUUUGGGAAUGGAAACCUUUUAUAACCUUGUUACUUUCCACACUGAAGAACCGGAAAGAAUAAUGUUUGACUCUCAUAGUUUUCUGAGUAUCCCAAAAUAGCAUGGAAUUAGUUUCAAAAGCUUUUCCUUCCCUGCAAAUUUUAUAGCUUCUUUCAACUGCAGAGAGAAGACUGUUGACAUGCAAGCAGUUCAGACUAUAGUUAGAUCCAUUCAGUUGAUAUCCUAUUGGGAUGGCUUUCCUGCUGUAGGUGCUGGAAUAUUCAAGAGUGUCCCUGAUGUGGUUGGAGACUUUCUUGAUAGAAAAGCACUUUGGGGAAGCAAAUGAAAAAUAGGAAUAUAUUUAACUGAAAUACAAUUUUUUAUUGACUAGUUAAAGCAGAUAGAAGCAAUGCCAAGCUGCAAUUGGAAAAAAAAAAGGUUGAUAUUUUGAUAGGAGACAAACAUGCUUUCCUCUCUAAUACUAUUUAAAAAAAUUAAAUGUUUUUAAAUCCUCUUAUCAACCUUACUGAGCCAGAAAAGGAAAACUUUCUUUCUUGAUAUUGGAAUUCACUAUUACAUAAAAUGUCAAGCUUCGUAAUCAGUCUUCAUUUAUUUUAGAGAGCAACUUUUCCUAACACUAAAAAUAGGGCUAUUAGUUUUAAUCCUCCCAUGGGGGGGGGGGGAUGAAAUUUCAGCCUUUACAAAUCAAAGCAAUGUUUAAGUUGUUUGCCCACAAACACAAAAUACCAAUCUUCUAAAAGUAUCCAUGAGCAUUUAAAUUAAAUAUAUAAUGUAAUAUUUCACGGGAUAGUUAAAACAAUGCAAUGGGCCUAGAAUUUUAUUCUGUCAACGAUAGAAUAGAAUCUCCUGAGGAAACAUUCCUUUUGGCAGAAAAGUUGAGGGAAGGAAUAUUAUUUUACGCUAAUCCAAGAGCCACUGCCUAGAGUUUGUUGUUCUUAUUAAGCAUGCCUAAAUCAAGCUGACUUAGUUGGAACUAAACUGUUACACCCAUUCAAAUCCAUUAUUGUAAAAAUAAGGAGAUUUAAUCAGUUUCAUUAUAAAGAGGCUUACAUGAACAAAAGUACUUGAAACAUUUUUUUAGCUUUUAUUCCGCUUUGAUAACAAAAUUGAAGUUUAAUAUACAAAUUUAAACAAACUGUGUAGCUAAACUCAGAAACAGGAGUGUUAUCUGGUCCAAGACAAAAAUCAGUACGUGUUCAAAACUUAAAAGAUUGCUUUACUAUAGCAAAUGGCUUAAACAUACUUCUAAAAUAGGCAUCUAUACAUUAUUAUACUGUAAUACCGAUGACUCCUUACCAUGGUUACAAAAUAGGCAGCCAUUCCUAAAUUUAAUCCACAGAAAUAAAAUUGUAUUCAGCAGAGAUUGGCUGUUUGGAUCAUUCAGUCUAGUUGCCCAUUGGUAUCAGUAAGAUUUUGUCAGCCAAAGAGAGAGGUGCUCACGUACUCUGUGACUCCAUCUCAUUAAAGUCCCAAUUCUUCAGAGCAGACUCUAAUGAAGACGCACAGGGGGCUAUAGAGAAUGGAAGUACAAAACUGUCAGCAGGUGGAAUCUUAAGCGGAUUCCAGUUAAAGACUUACAUACAGUAUGUGCAUUAAUUUUUACUUCUGAGUUAGGUUAAGGUAUCCUUACCAUUACUAGUUUAGUUUCUUACUCGAACAGGGAUACACUGAGGAUUUGAAUUUUGGUUUUAUAGAGUACCAAAUACAAACCAAAUGUGUGUUACAGGGAAUACAGUUGCUUUUUUAAUAGAAUUAAAGCAGAAGCUUAAUUUCCUGGUUGUCUUCUCUUGUGACCAAAUUUAUCCCCCAAAUUUCUAGUCUCAUUUAAGGUGCUCAAUUGGUUUAUUUUACUGGUAGGACUUUCUUAAUCUUCUCUUUCCUUAGGUUGCACAGAAUUAUAUACUUUGCAGAUAUGUUCCAUAUCAUUAUAGAUAAAAAGGAGAGUUCAAAUCAUGAAGUAUAAUCUUGUGUCAUGUGGGUACAGUCCUAUCAAAGUAAUUGUGAAGUCACAAAGAUGGGCAGACUUUUGGAGAAAGACACAAUGCAAAUAACUGUGAACAAUGUAAAUUGCUUUACUUAUGCCUAUUUUGCUAAACCUUUUUUAAUUGUUAAAUCGUUUGGAGUAUUAGCGAGAGUUACUUGUAAAAUAUGCACUAGCUGAAUGCUAAUUUUGAAAAGCAAUGUUCAUUAAAAAAUCAGAAAUAUACCAAAUAAAAAAGCUGUUGUUUAUUUUUUCAUGGCA